ACCUCACCCACCUCACACUCUUCACGCACACACACAGACACUAACACGACUCACCGCCGCCGUUCAUUUCGUAUAUCCGCUCGUCUGUACUUGGUUUUCGUACGCCGAAAUUUUCGCGGUCCGCCACUAGUGAAUUAACCGUCGAACAACUGCCGGCCAAACGUCUGACACAAUUGUUUUAUAAUCUUUUUUACGUUUUUCACGCAGUUCCGCGAGGCAACUGAAAACCGACCGACGCCGAUACAAUCAUCAUGUCCGACGUGUCCAAAGAAACGCUGAAGAAAGAGAUCGCCGCUCUCCUAAAAGCAGCAGAUUUGACAAAAACCUCUGCUAAAAAAAUUAGACAGGAACUUGAAAAAAAAUUGGACACAGAUCUUGAUGAUCGGAAAAAAGAAAUUGACACAUUAGUAAUGGAAGCUAUUAAAAAAGCUAAAGCCACCAAAAAGAAUGGUAAAGGUGAUAGCGAUGAUGAAAAUGAUGAUGAUGAUGAUGACGCAGAGAAUGAUGAUGAUGAUGAAGAAGAAGAGGAAGAAGUGAAACCAGUCAAAAAGGCAGCGGCUCCUAAGCGUAAGAAGGCUGAUAGCAGUGAUGAAAGUGCUGGUUCUGACGAUGAUGAUGGUGACAAAAAUGACGGUGACUAUAGUCCUAAAAAAGGAACUCCAUCUAAAAAGAAGACCCCUGUGGCUAAACGGGGACGCAAGAAGAAAGAUGACAGUGAUAGUGAUGAAGACUGGAAAGGAGCCAAAAAAGGAGCAAAGAAAACUGGGGCAAAACGAGGAGGUAAUAGUGGUUACACUAAAUCAGUAGCACUUAGUCCUGAACUUGCUUCUCUCAUGGGAUCUGAAGCUUUACCACGCCACGAAGUUGUUAAAAAAAUGUGGGCAAUCAUUAAAGAGAGAAAUCUUUAUGAUCCAUCUAACAAACAAUACGCUAUUUGCGAUGAUGAUUUGAUGAAAGUUAUUGGAGUUAAACGUUUCAGAACUUUUGGUAUGAUGAAGUUCUUAAAAAAUCAUUUUAUAUCAUAACUGUUUUACGUACUAGAAAAAAAUGUUUACUGAUAUAUCCUACUCCCUCCCCUCCCCCAAUAUCUUCAUUUUUCUUAAAAUUGUGUUUACCCUUUGUGUUUCUUCAAUAAUUGUGGAAGUUCAUGGUAAUUUUUUUUUUUAUCAAUG